UAAAAAAUGACCACACCAAACAAGACACCUCCUGGUGCUGACCCUAAGCAGUUGGAAAGGACUGGAACAGUGCGGGAAAUUGGGUCACAAGCUGUUUGGUCACUCUCAUCUUGCAAACCAGGAUUUGGAGUGGAUCAGUUACGAGAUGACAAUCUUGAGACUUAUUGGCAAUCAGAUGGCUCCCAGCCUCAUUUAGUAAACAUCCAAUUCAGAAAGAAAACAACAGUGAAGACAUUAUGUAUUUAUGCAGACUACAAAUCUGAUGAAAGCUACCCAAGCAAGAUCUCAGUCAGAGUAGGAAAUAAUUUUCACAAUCUUCAAGAAAUUCGGCAACUUGAAUUGGUGGAACCAAGUGGCUGGAUUCAUGUACCCUUAACUGAUAAUCAUAAGAAGCCAACUCGCACAUUCAUGAUACAGAUUGCAGUUCUAGCCAAUCAUCAAAAUGGAAGAGACACCCACAUGAGACAAAUUAAAAUAUACACACCAGUGGAAGAGAGCUCCAUUGGUAAAUUUCCUAGAUGUACAACUAUCGAUUUCAUGAUGUAUCGUUCCAUAAGGUGACCUUAAUACAGAACAAAAGUCAUUAAACAUAUCUUUGUUUUAUCUCAUCAGUAAAUAUUAUAUCUGGAAUCUUUAUUGAAAACAUCAGUUAUUUUGCAAUUUUGUAUGCAUUGAAGAGUAUUUUAUUGUAACUUUAAUAAAUAGAUUUUGGGUCAUAUAAUUUUUAUUUUCUUUAACAUAUAAUGAAGCUCACAUAUUUUACAUUAUUAAAAAAGGAUUUAAAGCCAAUCAUUAAAUUUUUCAUUAUAUCAAAAGAAAAACAAUUGAACUGAAAAUUUUAAGAGGUAACAACUUUUUACCAACUAAGUGAAUAUUGUGAACGUCCAUUAGAGUAAUGGUUUAUUUCGUGUUUGGAAACAAUACUAUGUUUUAUCAAUAAAUACUAUCUUUAAUAGGC